UUAUUACAUGUUUUUGACAAAGUUAUGGUUCAAAAGCGCGAUUAGAAAAAGUAGGUGGCCGCCAGGUCGAACCGGCAACGGUGCAGUUAAACUUGUUUCAUAAACGGAUGUCGGGGCCUCAACCACUCGCUGUUAUCUCAGACGUGCGAGCUAGGCCGGCGCUCCUCGAUCCCUUGUCGCACGCCUACGGCAUGCCGAGGACGUAACUGUUUGAUUAUCCCAUAAAAUCCACUUCAAAUCCGUUGUGGUGGCGUGAGUGUACAGUUUACUAAGCGCAGUGGGGAUUUCUGUGAAAAAUGGUAGCUACAUAGUUCGCAGAUAAGCUCCGUGGUCCUAGUUUAGUUGUUUUUUCGGGUAUAUUUACGGUUUUUUAUAUCAUUUUCGGUGUCGUGAUGGCCCACGGGGUGAGUUCUAUGCUGAAACGACCGUGUAAGAGUGAAAACGGCGGGAAAGGCAUCGGUUCGAGACGGAUUUUCGCCCCGCAUUUCAAGUUACAGGUGUUGGAUUCCUACAGGAAUGAUGCUGACUGCAAAGGUAACCAAAGAGCUACAGCUAGGAAAUAUGGGAUACACAGGAGACAAAUCCAAAAGUGGCUACAAGCGGAAAAUACGCUACGCAAUAGUGUAAAGGAUAAGGAGAAGGCGUCGUCCUUGAACGGCUGUAGACAGCCUGACGUCGGGCUCGAGUCGGCGGCGGCUCGACCAUCGCAACCGCUGGCGCACCAGCAGCAGCCGCCACAGCCUCAGCGUGUUCCGGCGCUACCGGCGUCUGUCCCCAUCGCCCCUCCCGCACCGACGUCCUCCCAGGCCCCGCUUGACUUCACAGUGCACAACCGAUGCCUCCGCACCAGCCCGACCGUCGCCGACUCGCCUUCGCCUGUCCCCUGCACUUUAUACCCGUCGCCGCCACCACUGAUGGCGCCUGCGGUCGCCAACAUGCAUUGCCCCAUGGACCUUUCCCUCAAGAAAGAGCCACCUGCGACCAUGGGGUAUUGCUUCACGGCUGGGAUGUUGCCUCCCGGGGGUGUAUGCAUGCCACUUACCCCGCCGCCCUCCUCGGCUGGAUCGACGGAUAGUUGCUGCAGGGAUGAUACGUGGUCUACCAUCCCAAAGACUGACCCCGACGUGUGGGACCUAUCCACAAAAGGCCAAAAACGCAAAUGCUCCAGCCCCCCUCCUGACACUAAAACGGUAAAACUGUUUAAGCCGUACCUGGAUGUCAUCAAAGACUCUACAGAAGAUUCUGUCAAGUCAGAACCUAGUCCAGCUUGUCCUGACGACAGUGGCAUGCCCACUUGCUGUUCCAUACCUACCAGCACAGACACAUACUACUUCAAUAACAAUUAUGCGUGUGAUGCUGAAUGCAACUACACAUUGCACGAGUUGAAGCCAUACUAUUACUACUGCCGAGACUAUUGCCCUUGUGACUAUGAUCUUGGUGGUUGCUACUAUGACGAGCUGGGAUAUGGGCCGCACGGGAUGGGAGUCGUUAAACCCAGACAAAGGUACAGUUUGGACUUCAAGCUGAGCGCAAUAGACUGCUACUAUCAGGAUUCUGUGUGCAAAGGCAACCAGAGGGCAGUGGCUAACAAGUACAACAUUCACAGGAGACAGGUACAGAAGUGGUUGAAGCAAGCUGAAGAGCUCAGAACCAAGAAUGAAUCCAUGAAACAGAUUCACGCUGUCAGGUAGAAAAAAGUCUAGUAAAUUUUGAUGUAGUCUCUAAAGAAGCCACACAUAUCCUUAUUUUUAUGUAGGUUCCAAAUUGUAUGAGUACAACUUUUGUUUAAAAUUCGGUUGUGUUUAUUGAGCUUGUGUCAAAUGAAUCUAAUAGAAGGUCCGACUCAUGACAUAGGCAGCAGUAUUGUCUACAAUGUUUGAGUUGACACAAUGCCAGGAAUAUAUGAUAUUGUUUAUGAAAACAUAUUCAUUGCUUGAGUGUAGAGUAUAUUAGUACCAUAUAAUUUUUUUCAUGGCAAAGCUUUAAUUAUUUCAUUGCAUGUUUCUGAUCAUGGUCCGCAUGAAUUUAUCUCGGGGGAUCACAAUCCCCAAAAUUGUAUACAAAGUCAUGCUAAAUAUGCAAAUUUUAAGGUCCAACGGGUCGGUCACUACCCCCCUUGCAGGCGCCCUUGUUUCUGAUCAAUUACAAAUCCGCGUUUAUAGGGGUCCGCUUUAUUUUUUUCUAAGUUGCCUUCAGUAUUAGGAUGUAGGUAUUAGAUAUAUGGCAGUUCAACAAUGAUAUUAUCUUUGGUAAUGGAUGUUUCAACAGGUAUUUUGGGAUUUUGUUUUUAAUUAAAACUAACAAUUUUGGUAAAAGGAGGUGCUCACUUUUGUUAAAUUCUAUGAAUAACAUUCUCCAAAUUCCGUCCUCAGGUGUUUCUACCAACGAAAUCAGAGUAGGUAGAGAAAGCCAGUCAAGGAUUUCUUUGUCUUUUAAUUUUCAUAGUCUGUAGUGUGGAUCAAGUGCAAUUAACAUAAACCAAUUUUUACACAGUUUUAUCAUUAAAUGCUUAUAUUAAUGUUAUUUCGUGUAUAGCUAAUUGUGAUGUUAGACGAUUUCAAGAGAUGGUAUUUCUUAUAUAAUUUGCAAAGAUCUUCACGAGCCUAAUGAAGGUAGAUGUUUCCACCAGUAUAAGUAUUAUUAUGUUGAUACAAAUGCUGUCACUUUGGUAGGUAUUGAUAGACAAAUGAGUCAAAAGUAUGCACUAAAACUACGCAAUUUUGGUGACAAACAAUGCAAUGUAAACAAAUAAGCUUCGCUCCUUCUCUAUUCGAAUUUGUUGGUUUGGACAGAUCACCAUUCUUCGACUAACAUUUCCGCGCGGCUAAACUUCACCAAUAACUUGAAAAAUGUUUUGCUUCAAUAGACUUUCUCCAUAGGAAAAAAAAUGUCAGCGGAGUUUGCAGUGGAUGUUCCCGAGAAGUCCAUCCAUCCAUCAGAAAAACGUGUCUGUGGCUAUUUAAAAGUUUCCCUCGCCAUAUGGCACUUGGUCUUACUAACAUACUGCUGAAUUUUAUAUGAUUUGUUUGAUAAUUAGAGUGAAAUUUUGUAGUGCAUUUGCACAAUUAUGCGUUCCUCCGCCGUAAAACAAUCCCUAAUAAAAUUCCCGGGUCUCUAAAUAAUACAUUUGCAAUAUAAAAUAUCUAGGCCGUCGUUGAAAAAUUGCGCUAAAUUCUUAUAUCAAUGUACCUAUUGGGAACCCCCCAGUUCUAUGCUGACUUUUAGAAAAUAUGAAAAAAUAUGCUAGGGUUUAUAUGACUUGCUUUUACCAAAACAAGGAACAGGUGACUAAAUUUUUUAUCUUGUGCAUUAAUAUCAAGGACCUAUUUUCCUCAGUAUAAUAAUUUGAACAAAUGUUGAAAUCACAGUUUCGGAAACAGAUUCAACCGCAAGUCUCGAUAAUCAAUACUGAAUUAUUCCUAUUUUAUAUGACCAUGAAGGACCAUAUAAAGAAUGCCUUAUUGUAAAUAAAGGGUGCUAAAGAUGAAUCUAAAUCUAAAUAUUGUUGCUCACAUACAUACUCUUGUGCCUUAUAUUAGUUUGUAAGGAAAAAAUGUGCCAAAAACUGUAACCUUGGCAGGCAGCUGGUAUGAUAAUUAUUUAAUAUUAUGUCAAUUUACCUGAAAUUCAUUGCAAUAUAAAUAUUGUAUUAUUUGUUGGAUAGGUUUCCUCGUCUUCCUUUGUAUAUAUUUUUCAAUUCUUUUUUGCCAUACAUUUGGUUUAGACUGCCAAAUUGAAUUAUGUACUUUUGUUUAGGGAUUUAAGAUUAUUUUAUUAAGAAUUUUUUCAAGUUUGCAAUCUAAUAAUUGUGAUUCUAUUUGGACAUUAUACUGUGUAUAUUAUUUUUUUAAAUCGACUUAGCCUUCUUUCUAACUGUAGUUACUGAUGAAACCCUGUUAUAUUGUAAAUAUAAUUUUUAAAGUUGGUUCCAUCGUAACAUUUUUAACAGCAGGGCCGCAAUCCACAAAUUUUUAUAAAUAUUAUUUUAUA